UACUUCCUGUGUCCGUGUGCACAUGCGGUAAACAAGAGAAGGCAAGCAUGGACUUCUCAACCAAGUGGAGUAAUUUGCCCAAAGCUCCGAGUUUAAAGAAUCUGACAGAGGGAAGGUUUGGGGAGCUGAAAGAGACGCAACACGCUGCUGUUCAGGAUCUGACUAAAGCUCAUAUCGAGUCUUUUGACCAGGCUGUCACUGAAGGACUCAACCGCGUUGUGCAGGCGAUCCCCCCCUUGGAGUUCACGGUCAAAAAUGACAGGAUCAGCCUCGUGUUUGUUGAAGCCACCCUGCACAACCCGAUGGUCGCCAAAGGCAGCAUCUGCAGGGAAAUGAAGGUGUUUCCAGCGGAGUGUCGGGGAAGAAGAUGUUCCUACAGAGGAAAGCUGGUGGCAGACGUCAGCUGGUCGGUCAACGGGGUCCCUAAAGGCAUCAUCAAGCAGUCUCUGGGUCAAGUGCCAAUCAUGGUGAAAUCCGCGCGGUGUAACCUGCACGGCAUGUCCCCUAAAGAGCUCGUAGAACAUCACGAAGAAGCAGAGGAAAUGGGAGGCUAUUUCAUCGUGAAUGGAAUUGAGAAGGUAAUCCGUAUGCUGAUAAUGCCGAGGAGGAACUUCCCUAUCGUCAUGUCAAGACCUAAGUGGAAGAGCAGAGGUCAGGGAUACACUCAGUAUGGUAUUUCUAUGCGUUCUGUAAGAGAUGAGCACACAGCGGUCAACAUGAAUCUACAUUAUCUGGAAAAUGGGACUGUGAUGCUGAACUUCAUCUACCAGAAAGAGCUUUUUUUCCUCCCUCUAGGCUUUGCGCUUAAGGCCUUGGUGGACUUCACAGACUUCCAGAUCUACCAGGAGCUGAUCAAAGGCCGCGAGGACAAUUCUUUCUACAAGACCUGUGCAUCAGAGAUGCUGCGCAUGGUGAUGGAGGAGGGCUGCACCACCCGCAGCAAGGUGCUCAAUUACCUUGGAGAGCGCUUCAGGGUGAAGAUGAACCUUCCUGAGUGGUACACAAAUGAACAGUGUGCCAACAUUCUGUUAGAUGAGUGCAUCUGCAUCCACCUGAAAUCCGACAUAGAGAAAUUCUACCUGCUGUGUCUAAUGAACCGGAAGCUUUUCACGUUUGCCAAGCAGGAGUGUAUGGAGGAAAACCCAGACAGUAUUAUGUGUCAGGAAGUGCUCACUCCUGGUCAGCUCUACCUCAUGUUUCUGAAGGAGAAAAUGACUGCGUGGUUGGUGUCAGUGAAGAUGGCCUUAACAAAAAGAGGCCAAAGAUAUUCUGCCGAUUGCAGCGCUGAAAGUAUGAUGAAGAUUUUCAACAUGGGCACUGACCUGACCAAGCCUUUUGAGUAUUUGUUGGCCACCGGAAACCUCAGCUCUAAGUCAGGUCUUGGCAUGCUGCAGAACACGGGCCUGUGCGUUGUGGCUGACAAGCUCAACUUCAUCCGUUACCUGUCCCAUUUUCGCUGCGUCCACAGAGGAGCGGCAUUCGCCAAGAUGAGGACCACUACCGUCCGUAAGCUGCUGCCAGAGUCCUGGGGCUUCCUCUGUCCUGUCCACACUCCAGACGGGGAGCCUUGUGGACUCAUGAACCACAUGACGGCCAGCUGUGAAAUUGUGGCACCAACUUUUUCCACCACAUCCCUGCCUGCUCUGCUGUGUUCUCUUGGUGUUACUCCGCUGGAUGGAUCUCCUGGCAAGCCUUUUUCGGACUGCUACCCCGUGGUUCUGGAUGGGGCUGUUGUUGGCUGGGUGGAAUCUGACUUAGCUCAAGCUGUGGCUGACUCACUGCGCAGUUUCAAGGUUCUAAGAGAAAAGAAGAUCCCUCCUUGGACUGAGAUCGUUCUGGUGCCUAAAACAGGCAAGGCCAGCUUGUAUCCUGGCCUGUUCCUCUUCACGACUCCCUGCCGCAUGGUGAGACCUGUACGCAACUUGGCUCUCGGCAAGCAGGAGUUGAUUGGCACGUUUGAGCAGCUUUACAUUAAUGUAGGAAUCAUGGAGGAUGAGGUUGAGAGAGGAGUAACAACACAUCAGGAGCUUUUCCCUCACAGCAUGCUUAGCGUAGUGGCUAACUUCAUCCCUUACUCGGACCACAACCAGAGUCCUAGGAACAUGUACCAGUGUCAGAUGGGUAAGCAGACGAUGGGUUUCCCCCUGCAGGCAUUCACCGACCGCUCCGAUAACAAGCUGUAUCGGCUCCAGACCCCACAGAGCCCCCUGGUCAGGCCCUAUAUGUACGACCACUACAACCUGGACAACUACCCCAGCGGCACCAACGCCAUCGUGGCUGUUAUAUCCUACACAGGCUACGACAUGGAGGAUGCCAUGAUUCUGAACAAGUCAUCAUGGGAGAGAGGCUUCGCUCAUGGGAGUAUCUACAAGACUGAGCUGGUGGACCUGGCAGACAAGGUGAAGGGAGACGACGGGGUGGUGUUUGGCACCAAGCCGGGGGACCCUAAAGUAAAUGACAAGCUGGAUGCCGAUGGGCUACCUUUCAUUGGAUCGACAGUUAAGUACGGCGACCCUUUCUACAGCUACAUCAACCUCAACACUGGACAGUCCUUCAUCACCUACUACAAGAGCCAAGAGGCCUGCGUCGUGGACAAUAUAAAGGUCUGCAGCAACGACAGCGGCUCAGGCCGUUUCAAACGCGUCUGCAUCACCGUACGAGUGCCGCGAAACCCCACCAUCGGUGACAAGUUUGCCAGCCGCCACGGUCAGAAGGGCAUCCUGAGCCGCCUAUGGCCAGCAGAGGACAUGCCCUUCACGGAGAGCGGCAUGAGCCCGGACAUCUUGUUCAACCCGCACGGCUUCCCUUCCCGCAUGACGAUCGGCAUGCUGAUCGAAAGCAUGGCCGGUAAGUCCGGCGCCCUGCACGGCCUGAGCCACGAUGCCACGCCCUUCACCUUCUCCGAAGAGAACUCUGCGCUCGAGUACUUUGGCAAAAUGCUCCGGGCGGGCGGCUACAACUACUACGGCACGGAGCGGCUCUACAGCGGAAUGAGCGGCCAGGAGCUGGAGGCAGACAUCUUCAUCGGCGUCGUCUAUUACCAGCGGCUGCGUCACAUGGUCUCCGACAAAUUCCAAGUUAGGACCACAGGAGCACGAGACAAGGUGACCAACCAGCCUGUGGGAGGGAGGAACAUCCAGGGAGGUAUCCGAUUCGGGGAGAUGGAGCGAGAUGCCCUGCUGGCUCACGGCUCUUCGUUCCUGCUCCACGACCGCCUCUUCAACUGCUCGGACCGGUCAGUGGCUCAGGUGUGUGUUGACUGUGGCAGCCUCCUCUCCCCUCUGCUGGAGAAGCCGCCACCCUACUGGUCGGCCAUGCGCCACCGAAAGACUGUCUGCACCCUGUGUGGCAAAAGUGACUCUAUUGACUCAGUGUCUGUUCCUUAUGUCUUCCGCUAUUUUGUGGCUGAGCUCGCAGCGAUGAACAUCAAAGUUAAAUUAGAUGUCAAGUGAAUUUCAAUGGGUAGAGAUAGGUGCCUUAAAUGUGUGUAAGAUUUAGGGGGAUCUGUUCAUAAUGAUGUACUUUGCCCAUGUCAAUUUUCUACAUAAAAAUGACUCAAAACGUGUUUUCAUGGAAAGUCAGGAAAGUGUUAUUUAUUCAAGAAAAUGAAUCAUUUGUGCAUAUUCAUGUAUAGAGAGGUAGAGUCUCAUAUGGAGCCAGAUUUACUUCACUGACAUGUUCCUGUAGUAGCUCACAUCAGACAAACCAAAGAAACAUGUUUGUAUUAGUGACCGUAGCCUCUUCAACACACUCUGGAUGUCACUGAAUUUCACACAUUGAAUCUUUAAAUGCAAAUUGGUCUCGGUAAAGCUGCUAAAAUCCACAAUUUAAGGGAGGUGUCAUGUACCUGAAAUGUUCUUUAUUUUUGCAUAAAAUGUUUUUUUUUUGUUAGCUGAGAAAAUAACAGUGUGUGAAUAUAUGAUGGAAUGAUAGUGUUGAAUCAGUCCUAAAUAAUGAAUAAAUGAUAUACUGUA